AUUCAACCCAACGGUCACUAAAACAGAGCACACACUUUUUCUCGAAAACCUUAUCCGAUUAUUCUCCUCAAGCUUCAUCCAUGGCGUCACUGAUACUCGGAGCUCCACCAGCCCCCCCUCAAUCGCUCGCUUUCAGCUCCCGCAUUUCGUUCUCUCACUCCGAAACCCUAGCCGUUUCUCUCCCCUCCUCCACUGUUUCGCUAUCACUCUCCACAGCUUCUUCUCCACCAGUCCCUUCAGUGUACUGCGGCAGAGGCGAUAAGAAAACCGAAAGGGGAAAGCGCUUCAAUCACUCUUUUGGCAAUGCGCGGCCGCGGAACAAGAACAAAGGCAGAGGACCACCUAGGGUUCCGGUGCCAGCGGCUCCCCCAAAGAAAGAUAAGUUUGAGGACGAUACCAUUGUCAAGGUUGAAAUUGAUGAGUCCUUGUCUUAAUUAAUUAAUGGAGCCCAAUUUCUCUAAUUUCUGUUUUUAAUUGUAAUUUAUGAACCUUGAGUUUAUGUUAUGAGGAUUUUGAUCAAAUAAUUUUCUUUGUCUUGCUUGGAAUUUAUGAAUUAAACCUCCCAGCUCCAAUUUCCAU